AUAGCCCCUUCACUUCACCCACACGAUUUCCAUUGAAAAGCACCCCAAACAAACCAAAAAAGAAAAAAAAAUUCCCUUUUGCAUUUCAUUCUCCUCAUAGUUGGUGCCUUUUGUGGUGCACCUCUCUUCUCUCCGCCGAUAACCCUUCUUUUUCCGGCGACUUCACCGAUAAUAUGAAUCCUGAAUAUGACUAUCUGUUCAAGCUCCUUUUAAUCGGAGACUCUGGAGUUGGGAAAUCGUGCCUUCUUCUAAGAUUUGCUGAUGAUUCAUACAUUGAGAGCUAUAUAAGCACCAUUGGAGUUGAUUUCAAAAUUCGGACUGUUGAGCAGGAUGGGAAGACAAUUAAACUACAGAUCUGGGAUACUGCCGGGCAAGAACGAUUUAGAACAAUAACUAGCAGCUACUAUCGCGGAGCACAUGGAAUCAUUAUUGUUUAUGACGUGACAGAUGAAGAUAGCUUCAAUAAUGUUAAGCAGUGGCUCAGUGAAAUUGACCGCUAUGCCAGUGAUAAUGUUAACAAACUUUUGGUUGGAAACAAGAGUGAUCUGACAUCAAAUAGAGUUGUCUCAUAUGACACAGCUAAAGAAUUUGCGGAUCAAAUUGGCAUACCUUUCAUGGAAACAAGUGCAAAAGAUGCUACUAAUGUCGAAGAUGCCUUCAUGGCCAUGGCUGCUUCCAUCAAGAAUAGAAUGGCAAGCCAACCUUCUUUGAACAAUGCAAGGCCUCCAACAGUGCAGAUCAGAGGACAACCUGUUGGACAAAAAGGUGGUUGUUGCUCUUCCUAACUAAAUGGUGUUGAGAUCCAUUUUGCUUGGUCUACACUUACCCUCUUUGCAUGUAAGGUCUGUUAUUUCACUAAAUAGUGGACCAGUGUUACAUAAUCCGUCCUGUGGUUUGAGAAUUGGCCUAGAUGAUCCCAUUCUUUACAUAUACUUGAAUGCUAUGUUUGUGCUUAGUACUUGUUAAUGGUAAAACUAUAUUCCUUCCCCCAUCUAUUUCUACAAUGACAAUAGUAGUUCUCUUUUACUUGCUUUGAUACAACACGUGCUGUAUUGUGAUCACUCCAUGACUGUCAUCUCAUAACAUCUGAACAAAAAGUUGUUAACAAUGACCAGUGACAAACAUUCGUGAAGAACAAAGGCAUUGCAUAGAGCAUCAA